CUAGACUAAGGACCCAUCCUCAAGCCUUCAAAGUUUGAUCCCGGCUCAAAUUUAGAGACCUAUACUGCGCACAACCUGAGACCUCCUAUCAAUACCACGUCCCCUCACCAUGGACAUCUACACAAACCCCCCACCCAGCACCUAUGUCACAGGUUUCACGAAGGUUUUCACGAUGCCGACAGACUCAGGCGGGAUUCCCGCGGUCGCCGUUAAUAGGAGAAACGCUAGUCUCGUCGUCUCCGGAUAUACCAUCUUGAUCCUGUUUAUUUUCAUGGUGGGAUGGAACUUGAUUUUGUCGAUUAUCAUGGCAUUCUGGCCAACAAACCUCGAUCCAAACCGAUACGUCGCUUUGAUUGCCCUUUGGAACUCUGGCGAAUCCAUGAAUGCGAUGAAAGUAAUGCUGGAGUACUGCUUUAAAAUAAUCGGUGGGUCACCGAGCGCCGAUGGGGCCUUGCCGCCUGGUGACCGCCGACACUCCGACUUGGAAGAAAACGUCCCUACCGAUCCAAAAGAACCCGAUUUAUCCCAAAUCCCCCAACCAUCAGAGAAUCCUAAGCCUUCUAGGCGCAAUAAGAAGCCCGGGGCCGGCAAUCUAUGGUGGGGUAUUCUGUUUUUCCUCAUUGCCCUUGCAAUGUGGGCCGGAAAUAACGCUGCGGGUAUUUUGGUAGCCGGGGAACUCCUGAUGGGAAACGUCGCCCCUCCUGCCAAGGAUACCAUCUUCUACCCAGACGUCCCAAAAUACUCUCGAAGUGACGACAACGGUGCUAGCCUUGCAAAAUUGGAUUCACUAAAAGCUCCUUCAGCACUACGUGCAAUCGGAUCUAUCGAAGCCUCCGAUGUUACAGUCCGGAAGCGAGUCAACAUAGUUGGGAUUCCCAAACCGAGUGAGCUGCAAGAAUCGGAACCUUGGGCAGGCCGAGACUACGAUUAUAACGUCACCGGUGUGGAUAUGGGGUUACAGAAUGUGCCUAAGUUGACGCUCCAGGUCAAAGGUUCCUGUCAUACGGAUUAUACGUGGCUGGUGAACUCUACCAAUGAGGGUGAUACCUACAAACUCUUUGGUAAAGACAGGAGUUACACCGCCAAAUUCCAACCAGAUGUGAAUUUCCCUCCAAUGGUGACCGUGGAGGUCGACGUGAAUUCCGAGACAGAAAAAACCGCAUUCGCCAUGAUGGUUAACACUGGAGGCCUUUUCAGCUACACCUCCGGCUCGGACGCCUGGUAUUUUACUGAGCCGACAGGCAGUAAGGAAGUGGCGUAUCAAGUCCGCAGGAAGAGACCAGUUCUCAGCUGCUGGGAAACAAGAAGGUGGCAUCUUAAUGGGAAAGACGUGGCAACCGACAAGCUAGAGACGUUGCCUGGCCUUAACCUCCACAAGGUUUUGAUUGAGAUAUUCAAGUUCGAGUUUGCGCUGCCGCGCGUGGUCAGCAUGUCUAGGGCGGCGGGGACGGGAGCACUCAAAUCAGCUACAUUUUCUGUAGCUCCUUCUUUUAUUCUUGAUGCGGGAUCAUCCAGUAUCGUCACCGAUAUUGAGCGUUUGGUGCUUGCUAGUUGGGUUAGUUCUCGGAAUGUACUACGCGAUACAACCACGUUCGAGGGAAAUAAUAUGGAUGACUUAGCCAGGGGAGGGAGAGGCUCGGUGGAAGAUGGAGUGGCCAAAUUUGUCAUUCAAAGUGGAGAUGUUGGCACCUUAUCUGUCCGGAUCCUAAUUUCCGUCCCGGUUAUCCUCUUGGUUCUUUUGGCCUUUGACUUGUGCUUGGGCUUCAUUCUCAAACGCGAAAAGCUUAAGAAACAUGGCAUAUUACACCGUUAUAUCGCUCGUGGAAACGCUCUACAUGCUACCCAAUUGUAUCGCGGUCUCGACGAGAAGAUUUACGAUGGAGAGAGGUGGGAAUACAAAAUCUCAGUUAUCCCAGCUAUGUACGGGGAUUACAAUAGACAGAAGACGGGGUAUCUUGUGGGUGAACAGCGCCCAGGAUACGCUGCGGUAUCGCCACGGGAUGGAGCUCGUGGGCACAGCCCGGAUGGGAAGGGAGGAGGGGUCACCACCGAGUCUAAGCCGGUACCGGAAUCAAACGGUCUAGGAGCCGCGGAGAUCACACCAAGCAAAUAA